CAAACACACGAUCGACGCUGCCACGUCAAGUGAGACUGCGCAAGUGUGAAUGAAGUGGCAGUUUCGGCAUUUUGUGAGGAUUCGUCUCCCGAGUAGAAUUAUUAAUUGCUGUAAAACCAUCACAUAUUAAAGAUGCGUGUUAUAAUAUUUUCGCUAGCGAUAGCCCUCUUGGGUGCCGCGCUCGGUGACGAAAUUCCUUCUGAAGACAAUGUUCUAGUACUAUCAAAAGCCAAUUUCGACAAUGUUAUUGCUUCGACGGACUUCGUGCUAGUAGAAUUCUAUGCACCAUGGUGUGGACACUGCAAAUCGCUCGCGCCGGAGUAUGCAAAGGCAGCGACGAAGUUAUUGGAAGAAGAAUCUCCUAUCAAAUUGGCUAAGGUCGAUGCUACCCAAGAGCAGGAUCUAGCCGAGUUCCACAAAGUCAAAGGAUACCCGACGCUUAUUUUCUUCAAAAAAGGAAAUCCUCUCGAAUAUUCCGGUGGACGCCAAGCUGAUGACAUUGUUGCAUGGUUGAAGAAGAAGACUGGUCCACCAGCAGUUGAAGUUGCUUCUGCUGAACAGGCUAAGGAACUUAUUGCGGCUAACAAUGUUGUUAUUUUCGGUUUCUUCCCCGACCAAGCAACUGACAAAGCUGUCACUUUCUUAAACACUGCUGGCUUAGUUGACGACCAAAUAUUCGCCAUUGUCACCGACGAGAAGGUCAUUGAGGAACUUGAAGCUCAAGCUGAAGAUGUAGUACUCUACAAAAACUUUGAAGACCCAAGUGUGAAAUACGCGGGAGAGGACUUCACAGAAGACGCCCUGAAAUCCUGGGUGUUCGUUCAUAGUAUGCCGACCAUUGUCGAGUUCUCUCACGAGACCGCUUCCAAGAUCUUCGGUGGCCAGAUCAAAUACCACCUUCUGUUGUUCCUGUCCAAGAGUACCGGUCACUUCGAGAAGUACCUGAACUCGUUGAAACCAGUCGCCAAGAACUACCGCGACAGGAUCAUGACCGUCGCCAUCGACACCGACGAGGAUGACCACCAGAGGAUCCUAGAGUUCUUCGGCAUGAAGAAAGAAGAGGUGCCAUCGGCCCGUCUGAUCGCCUUGGAACAAGACAUGGCCAAGUACAAGCCAGCCACCGACGAGCUCAGCGCCAACGCCGUAGAGGAGUUCGUGCAGUCCUUCUUCGCGGGAACCCUGAAGCAGCACCUGCUCAGCGAGGAGCUGCCCGCUGACUGGGCCGCCAAGCCGGUCAAGGUGCUCGUCGCGUCUAACUUCGACGAGGUCGUCUUCAACCCCGAAAAGAAGGUUCUCGUUGAGUUCUACGCCCCAUGGUGCGGACACUGCAAGCAGCUGGUGCCGAUCUACGACAAGCUGGGCGAGCACUUCGAGAAGGACGCGGACGUGGUCAUCGCCAAGAUCGACGCGACCGCCAACGAGCUCGAGCACACCAAGAUCACUUCCUUCCCCACCAUCAAGCUCUAUGGCAAGGACAACCAGGUGCGCGAGUACAACGGCGAGAGGACGUUGGCCGGACUCACUCAGUUUGUGGAGACUGACGGAGAAGGUGCUUCGCCCGCGCCAUCAGUGAGCGAGGAGGACGAGGAGGACGAGUCGGCGCCCCGCGACGAGUUAUAAGCGGCGGGCGGGCCGGCGUCGCGUAGUUGUAUUUAAAUAAUACUUAUUAAAGGCUCCCGACGCGCUGCACAAAAUACUUCCUGAAACAUACUUUAUAGUAGGACAUGUUCCGAGGAAGACUGUCUCCAGUGCGAAGGGACCGUUACACUAAUCUGCAUUUCCUCUGCUCGACUGUUAAUGUUUAUAUUAGGGUUGUAAUAAAUAUGUGUCAUUUGUUUUAUGUGAUCACCGAGUAAUAAUACUAAACUGAGGAAAGAAUUUUAUCACUCUUCGCCACACUCACCAUAGUUAAACGUGUACCUCUAACUUGUCUGUUUAAUGGAAUUUUGAUAUUUCCAUGACAAUACUUUGCCUUUUUCGAAUUUCAGAACCUAAUAGAAAUUAAUUUAUUAAAAUGCAUAAUUUAUUUUUUAACAGCAGCGUAACUAGUUUAUGUACGAUGUAAGUGUAUUUAUAAUUUCUGUAUCAAAAUAGUGUUUCGUUUCUCACAUUCCUUUGUUUGUUGAGUUUUAUCGAACAAGUUUAGUUGAUGCUAGGGGAGAAAAUUAUUUUUUACGUUUUGUAUAUGUUCCGUAAAUAUAUAUGUAUACAACCUAUUCAUCACAAAAAAUAUUUUUAAGACAAAAUUGUUAUACCAGUUUUAUUAUAUUUUUGUAAGAAUUUAUUUUAUUUUUUUAUUUUAAAUUGAAAAGUUUAAUGAGUGCUUUUAUAAAUUGGAAUCUUGUAUUUUCGUAUUUUCUAAUACGGAUAGUUUCUGUAAUUCUCUAAAUAACUAUUAUAUAAAAUACCUUGAUGUAAUUGCCAAAAUCCCACAUAAAAUUAUGUAUCUCUGUUGGAUACAGAAAUUGAUAAAUAAAUAUAAUAAUAUAAAU